CACUGUUAUCCACAUUGGAGUUUGCUUCGUAGUAGGAACAGCAAGUAAAAAUGGCUAAAGCUAUAAGGGGGAGAGUUUGGCUCCUUUUGUUUUUUAUUUUCGCUUAUAGUUGCCACGCAAAGGACUUGUACACUUUUAACGCAUACAGGGUAUCCUGUGACCAAGUCAGUCCUAAAUUGGCCCACAACUACUCAUGCUUUACUCGAAGCAUAAAUCGAACUGUCAAGGCUCACACUAUCCGGAUCACACUUCUCCCGAACGUGACCCUUAACGAUAUGCACCUCCACAUGACUUACAAUCAGAGAAUUAACAACGCAUACCGACGAACAAUAAGUGAUUUUGAGCAAGAUUUUUGCAAAUUCUUGGAUGGAAAUCUCAGGAGUCCUUUGAUAAAAAUCCUGUGGCCGUAUUUGAGAAAAACUAGCAACAUGGCGAAUCGAUGCCCUUAUUCAGGUCUCAUCAAUAUAACCGACCUCGUGUUCGGAGAUGAAUAUCUUCCACCCGCUCUCCCUGAAGGAUACGCAAGGCUGGAUAUUCACGUCCGAAAUGGAAAAGAACGUACAUCGGUGGUGAAUUUGAGAUUUUUUAUUGAAGUGAAACCAAAAGGUGCUGUUAAACUGGAUUUCUAAUUGAGCUUUUAAUUUUUCUGAUUACUAAGAAUAAUUUGUCAAAUGCACCAUUUCUGGAAGGACAUUUUAUUUUUUUUCGAAAUGUUCACA